GUUUCAAUGUAAUUUGAGAUUUUUCGUCUCAUCUUCUCCGCAUUUCAACAGCUUCCGUCAAUUGGGUGACUUGGUAUUGGACGAUAACGUUUAAAAUGGAUGUUAAUUCCGACAAUGAAGUCGGCUACACAAUUGAGGAUGUCCAGUUGAUGCAAAAUAAUGGAAAAAUUAAUACAAAAACCGGAGCAGCGGAAAUCCAAGAAGUUUCGGCUUUUCGGAGGAUUUUGCCACAAGUGUUAGCGAGUUGCGUCAAACAUUUGUUAAUUUUGGACUUGGCGAUUUCAAUUAGUUUUCCCGCGGUACUGAUUCCGCAGUUGACCGGUGUGAGAAAUCGAGCUCCCGAGGAGACUUUGUGGUUUAAUGACAUCCAAGCAUCGUGGUUUGCUAGUCUUGCGUUUAUUUGUCAGCCCAUUGGAAGUACGUUAUCCGGAAUAGUCUUGGAAGAAUUGGGUCGUAAAAAAGCCAUGAUGAUCGUUAAUUUGCCUCACAUUGCGGCAUGGUUGAUGUUGUAUUAUGCAACCGAGUUGAAAACUGUUUUUUCUGCAAAUAUUUUGCUGGGAUUAGGAGUUGGGUUUAUGGAAGCACCUGUCUUGACUUACGUUGGAGAAAUUACUGAACCUUCUGUCCGUGGAAUUCUAUCAGCCCUUGCAAGUGUCAUGUCCUCACUGGGUGCAGCUCUACUUUACAUCGUCGGUUCAAAAACCACGUGGCGAAAUACAGCUCUUUUUGCAUCAGCAGUCCCAAUGAUUACAAUUGUUUGUCUCACAUUCGUGCCAGAAACGCCAAUUUGGCUUCUUUCAAAGGAUCGCAAAGUACAAGCAUUGAGAUCACUUCAAUGGCUACGUGGAUGGGUAACUCCAAUGACAGUCAAAAAAGAGUUCCACCAAAUGCGUCGUUAUGUCGAGACCUCCAACUAUUGUCGUCCCUGCCAGAGACAAGGCAUCAAAUGUGAGCACCCCAAACCGACUCUUGGGGAAAAAAUCAAGCAAAUCACGCGCCAAAAGUCGUUAAAGCCACUUUUUAUCAUUCUCAUGUGCUUUUUCUUCUCGGUCGUAUCGAUCGUGCAAACUAUGCGUCCAUAUUUCAUCCAAAUUUUCGAAAAAUAUCACAUGGCCAUCGAUCCGAGUCUCAUGAUGAUUCUCGUUGGUGUCACGGCUUUCAUCGGAAAUAUCACCGCUGUCGUUGGCAUCCGGAUAAUUGGCAAGCGGAAAAUGGUUCUUGCCUCAAUGACGAGUACUGCAGUUUUUAGUUUCUGUCUUGCAGUGUAUUCUUGGCGAAUUUUCCCGUAUGGCCUGAGUUCUUUUGAUAAAGUUGAUUUCACCGGAAAACCAGAGACUUACACGCCAAUUGUGCUUUUUAUGUCACUGGCAUUUAGCACAAAUUUGGGCAUCACCGUGAUUCCGUGGGUGAUGAUUAGCGAGAUUUUCCCGAAUCAAACGCGAUCGAUGUCUAGCGGAAUAACGGCAGCUUGCGUGCAUCUGAUGUAUUUUACUUCGACAAAAUCUUACUACAGUUUGGAGACAUCGAUCAGUCUCUUCGGAAUGAUUAGCUUUUAUGCAUUCGUCGCGAUCGCUGGCACACUCUUCAUGUACAACUAUUUGCCCGAAACUGAGGGAAAGACGCUCGAAGAAAUUGAAGCGCACUUUUCUGAUAACAGUCUCAAGUUGAGCGACCAUAAAAUUCGACCAACCACCGUAACAAUUAAGCGAUGAAAGUCUGUUGAACGAAAAAAAAAAAAUAUUUGCAAUAAAAAUGUGUUUCCUCAAG